AGCGAAUUAGUAUAAUCUAUAGUCUAUCCUCACACUGAUUAACGCCGGAGAAACUAACCGACUUGACAAUGGCGGAAAAGAGAGUUUUCACCCUCUCCCAGGUUUCGCAACACAAAUCCAAGAGGGAUUGCUGGCUUGUCAUCAAUGGCAGAGUACUGAACGUGACGAGUUUCUUGGACGAUCACCCUGGAGGAGAGGAGGUGCUGUUGGAGGUAGCCGGCAAGGAUGCGACCAAGGAAUUCAUCAAUAUCGGACACAGCAACGCGGCGCAGAACAUGCUGGCCAAGUACCAGGUGGGAGUUCUACAAGGCUACGUUAUCAAGGAGGCGGACGGCACCGAGGGUGCUUUGGCUCAGGAACCGAAGAAGAAAGAGAUGAGUGCUUUUGUGAUCAAGGGCGACCAGUCGCCCAAAUACGCUGCGUUCCUGGAGUUCUUCGUGCCGCUCUUGGUCGCCGGUUCCUACUUCUGUUACAGAUAUGCCUCGCAAAUUGUCUAAUUAGGCCACCUAAGUUUGAUCUGUACUUUCGGAGAUAAACCGGAUAUGCACCUUAAAAUUCUGGAAUGUUAUGGUGUUGUUUUUUACUUGAAAAUAAUUAUGGGGAUUAAAUUUGGAUGUCCUUG